AUGGAUCAUGAACAAAGCGAUAAAAAAUGGUCGAAAGUUAAUGGUAUUUACACGAAUAUUCAACAGAUUUGUGAUUCACUCAAACAAUACAUUAAUCAACGAAAUCAAGAUUUGAUUCCAAUGAGUUUUGUAUCAAUGAAUCAUGAUGCAUCAGCAUAUCAAGAUUUGGAUCAACUCGAACCAACGUUCAUGUAUUCAACAUUACUCAAAGAAAUUCUUUUAGAACUCAAUUAUAGUGAUCAAGCCGUUAAAGAAUUGACCGACGACUGUCGAGAAAAGUACAAAGAUAACGAUUCACAAUUGGAAAUUAUUGAUCAGUUCGAACAAGAAUAUCAUCAACACACUCCCAUAUGGUGGUAUACUCUUGAAGGUUUUACAUAUCAAAUGCUCAAUCGUGCUCUACGCACAUUAGAUGUGAAUGUUAUCGUCAAAAUGGGAUUUUUCGUUCGAGACAUUCAUGAGCAUAUAGAAGAACUUCAUUCAAAACAAUUUCAAAGUCAACAAAGUCCAUUUAUGCUCUAUCGAGGACAGGGUAUGAUUAAGAGUGAUUUCGACAAAAUGAUCAACACUCAGAGAGGUCUUCUAUCAUUCAAUAAUUUCUUAUCUACGAGUAGAAAUCGAGAGGUUUCCUUUGAAUUCGUUACUACUACUACUCUUAACAGGCCUGAAUUGAUUGGCGUUCUCUUUCAAAUUACAGUUGAUCCAUCGGUCCUAUCGACACCAUUUGCACAAAUCGACGAUGUGAGCUACUAUCAGGAAUCUGAAGAAGAAGUUCUAUUCUCUAUGCACUCUGUUUUUCGAAUUGGUGAAUUCAAACAAUUAGAAAAUCGUAUAUGGGAUGUGAAACUGACAUUGACAUCGGAUACCGAUCCACAGCUUAGUAUUCUUACGACACGUAUGCGAGAAGAAGUGGUUGGAUCAACAGGCUGGCAUCGACUCGGUAAAUUGAUGAUUAAAACUGGAAAUUUUAAUAAAGCCGAAGAAGUUUAUCGGAUGCUAGUCGAAGCGACAUUGUUUGAUGCUCACGAAGAACUUUCGUUUUUAUAUAAUCAACUUGGCUCAAUAAAAGUCAACAAAGCAGAAUAUGAUGAUGCAAUACAGUACUAUGAAAAAUCACUCAAAUCGAAGAAAAAAUAUCUUCCUUCGACUCAUCCUGAUUGGGGUACUAGCUAUAAUAGUAUCGGCUUGAUGUACAACAGCACGGGAGAAUACACGAAAGCACUUUCAUGGCAUAAAAAGGCGCUUGAAAUCCGACUACGAUCUCUCAGUUCACAUCAUCUUGACUUGGCUGAAAGCUAUAACAAUAUCGGUGAGGUGUAUCAUAACAUGGAAGACCACUCCAAAGCAAUUUUUUCCUAUCAAAGAGCGCUUGAAAUCCGAACAAAUUUUCUUCCUUCAAAUCAUCCUGAUUUGGCUGAGAGCUAUAACAAUAUUGCUGAAGAAUAUUCGAAGAUGGAGCAAUAUACAAAAUCACUUUCAUCCCAUGAAAAAUCGCUUCAAAUUUUACUUAAAUCUCUUCCUCCAAAUCAUCCAUAUGUGGCUAUGAGUCAUGACAACAUCGGCUUGGUGUAUGCCAAGAUGAAAGAAUUCUCGAAAGCACUUUUUUAUCAUCAGAAAGCGCUUGAAAUCUUCCAACAGACACUUCCUGAAAAUCAUCCCGAUCUGGCAAUUACACAUAACAAUAUAGCUAAAGUUUAUAAUUCUACUCAUGAGUACAACACAGCAAUGGAACAUGCUGAACUCGCUAUUGGAAUGAUUCAAGGAAAACUAAUUGAUAAUCAUCCACGCUUCAUAGAAUAUCGAAAUCUAGUUGAAGAAAUACGAAAAAAAUUGUAA